GUUAUCAAUGAAUCAGUGAUUCAAUCAUUCAAUUCAUGUUUCAAACAAAAUAUAUUAAAUUUAUAUUUCAUUGUUUUAUUUGUUUCUAAACUAUCACCCAAACAGUUCCUAAAUGUCAUCAUCGGUAACAAAAUUCAAUGACUCGUUGAGACUUUUAAGGAGUAUUUCCCAUGAAUUGCGACGACUAUUAAACGGUAAACGAAAGGAUGGCCUCAAAGUUAUUGGUAACGAAGCCAUUGUCUAUAUGUUUGACAUGUAUCGGCGUCACGAUGUCACCGAUCAACGGGUUUGCCGACCAAAACACGAACUUAAAUACUUGGCCGACACUUACCGCUGUUAUCUAAAUAGUAGCCGAAAUUAUCAGCAAAUUUAUGAUCAAUUUUACAGUAAAGGCGAGCGAAGUGUCACCGAAACGGCACAAAUGCUUGGAUUUAAAUUACCCAAUCAAUCRCAAGAGUCACCUAAAGAGUGACCACACUUUUUACUUUACU